GUAAAAAGCCAAAACAAAAAACAUAUUAAAGGCAUGGGCUACAGUAGGUGUGUCAAAACAGUACAUACAUGGAGCUUCUGCUGCAUGUGCUAAUGGGAAACUUGACUUAUGUGCCUUCUCCCCACACAGAUCAGUUGAGCACCAUGCCCUGUGAGUGUAAAGUUGCAGGUGGUAGGGUAGCCUCUGAUGACUUGGGCUGCAAGAAAAUUCCUUGAUUGUUGCUUAAUUUUCAUACUUGUGUGCUUUAACUAUCUAGAGAACUGUGAGCGCCUUAAAAGAACUGUGGACUAUACUCUUCUGGGACUCCCAUUCCUCCAGGCUGCACUGCAAGAGAAGUUUGUGUAUUUAAAAGAAGAGAUAAACAAAUCAGUGCUCACCUUUAGAAUAUCAAGGGAAAUCUGCAGAUUUAAGGCUGAGAUAACAGGUACUCUUCAUCAGCUGGGUCAAGAUAACAGCUCUCAAAGUGUGGUCUGGAGUCCCCCAGGAGGCCCACAAUGUCAAAACAGUUUUCCUAAUAUUAACACAUUACCUGCCUGACAUCUGACGAAUUCAUUACUCUGGUAGCUAAUGGAAUAAGUGCUGUAUAUUUAAGAUCUCUCAGUUUUUAUCCACAUAAACAAAAGCUCUCUCAAUUCCUCAAUAAUUUAUGAGUAUGCAAAGAGUUGCUUGGACCAAAAGGUUUGAGAACCUCUGGAAUAAGGCUUAGAUAAGACUAAAAUAGGACCAACCAGAAAGACCUGUAAGAAAGAGCUAGAAGCAGACAGUAAUCAUUUGUUCUCUUUUGCAGGAAAAACUGCACAGAAAAUCUGAUGGAUGAAGAUGAGAAAGACAGGGCAAAGAGAGCUUCUCGAAACAAGUCUGAGAAGAAGCGUCGAGACCAGUUCAAUGUUCUCAUCAAAGAGCUUAGCUCCAUGCUUCCUGGAAACACACGGAAAAUGGACAAAACCACUGUACUGGAAAAGGUCAUUGGUUUUCUGCAGAAACACAAUGAAGUCUCAGCACAAAUGGAAAUCUCUCAUAUUCAGCAGGACUGGAAACCUUCCUUCCUCACUAAUGAAGAAUUCACCCAGCUGAUGUUAGAGGCAUUAGAUGGCUUUAUCAUCGCUGUGACAAGGGAUGGCAGCAUCCUCUAUGUUUCUGACAGUAUCACGCCUCUCCUUGGGCACUUGCCGUCAGAUGUCAUGGAUCAAAAUUUAUUAAAUUUCCUUCCAGAACAAGAACAUUCAGAAGUUUACAAGAUGCUCUCUUCCCAUGAGCUUGUGACAGAUUCCCCCUCCCCAGGAUACUUAAAAUCUGGCAAUGAUUUAGAGUUUUAUUGCCAUCUUCUCAGAGGCAGCUUGAACCCAAAGGAAUUUCCGACUUAUGAAUACAUAAAAUUUGUAGGAAAUUUUCGCUCUUACAAUGUGCCUAGCUUUUCCUGUAAUGGCUUUGACAGCGCCCUUCUAAGGCCUUGCCAGGUAUCUCUAGGAAAGGAGGUCUGCUUCAUAGCUACUGUUCACCUGGCAACACCACAAUUCCUAAAGGAAAUGUGUGUAGUUGACGAACCUCUAGAGGAAUUCACUUCAAGGCACAGCUUGGAAUGGAAGUUUUUAUUUCUGGAUCACAGAGCCCCUCCAAUAAUAGGAUACCUUCCUUUUGAAGUUUUGGGAACCUCAGGUUAUGACUACUACCACAUUGAUGAUCUGGAGCUCCUUGCUAGGUGUCACCAGCACUUGAUGCAGUUUGGUAAAGGGAAGUCAUGUUGCUACCGGUUUCUAACCAAAGGCCAGCAGUGGAUUUGGCUGCAGUCCCACUACUACAUCACCUACCAUCAGUGGAACUCCAAGCCCGAGUUCAUUGUGUGCACACAUUCGGUAGUCAGUUACUCAGAUGUCCGGGUGGAAAGGAGGCAGGAGCUGGCUUUGGAAGACCCACCAUCUGAGGCCAUCCACCCUUCAGCACUAAAGGGCUCAAGCCUGGAACCUCGGCAGCACUUUAAGGCACUUGACACGGACACCUCAGGCCUUAACACAAGUUACUCAUCAUCAGUGUCCUCAAGAAGUUCCCAUAAAUCCUCACACACAGCCAUGUCAGAAUCCAUCUCCAUUCCAAGCAAGCUGAUGACAGAGGCCAGCACCACAGCUAUGUCAAGAUUGGCUGUCCUGCCCCAAGAGCUCCCUGUGCAAGGGCUCAGCCAGGCAGCCAUGAUACCGGCUCCUCUGCCUGUUCCAUCGUCCUGUGACCUCACACAGCAGCUCCUACCUCAGACCAUUUUUCAGAACUCACCUGCUGCCCUGGCAGAGUUUCCAACACAGUCCAGCAUGUUCCAGACCAUCAAAGGCCAGCUGGAGCAGCGCACACGGGUCCUGCGGGCCAAUAUCCGGUGGCAGCAGGAGGAGCUACACAGGAUCCAGGAGCAGCUGUGCCUGGUCCAGGACUCCAGCAUCCAGAUGUUUCUGCAGCAGUCAGCUGUAUCCCUGAGUUUUAGCAGUACCCAGCAGCAUGAUGCUCAAAAGCAGCCCCCUCAGAGGUCAGCCCCAGGGGCCCAGUCUCCACUCACCACAAACCCUCAGCUUCCAGGGCAGAUAACCUCCACCCAGGUCACAGACCAGCACCUGCUCAGAAAAUCAAGUGUGACAUUAAUCCAGGGUCCCAAGUCAACCAGAAACAUGCAGAUGAUACCGGCAGGUCGCCACCCUGUGGGCACCCUGACAACCUCGUUCAGCAGCCCCACAGCUGUGCUCUCACCAACUCUGAGCCUGACCACACUGGCCUCUAACACAGACACCAACCAGUGCCAGCCCAGCCCGGACUUCAGCCAUGAUAGGCAGCUCAGGCUAUUGCUGAGCCAGCCAGUCCAGCCCAAUGAUGCAAGGGAGACCUCUGAGGUUGGCAGGACUGGACAGCAUGUCAAGUAUCCACAGAGCCAGGCCGUGUUUCCAAAUGCAGACAUGCACAGCACCAGCAACAGCAUCUCAACCCCCAUCCUGAUGAUGGAACAAGCAGUGCUGCAUCCCAGCUUCCCCAGCUCCCAUCCAGCACCCCUGCAGCCCACACAGGCUCAGCAGCAGGCUCAGCAGCACUUCCUGCAGGUACAGGUGCCAACAUCUUUGCACAGUGAGCAGCAGGACUCACCACUUCUCUCCACCUACUCACGGCAGCCAGGGACCCUGGGCUUUGCCCCACAGCCCCAGCCCCCUCGACCUUCCCGAAGGGUCAGCUGCCUGUCUGAGUCCUCAGUCCUCCAGCAGCUGCCCCAGUUGUACCCUGGCACCUCAGUCAGGUCCCAAUCAGCUUUAACUAAUGGAUGGAUAAGGGGGGCGGGGAAGAUUUUGAACCUAAACUGGUGGCCUUUGCAUAUUACAGCUAUACAUUUCAGAUCUUCUCGAUUAGUUAACCAUCUCUGGAGAACCACGAAUGGCAUUUGGGAAUGAUCAGGAAUCCUGGCCGAGUUUCUGUUGCUUCUGCACU